AUGCAUUCCUCACGGCCCAUUGAGUUCAAUGGCGGAGUUAAGUCCGAACAGCUACCCGUAAGUAAGUCACCCCACUGAGCACGGCAUCUUGCUCCCUUGUAAAAGAGGACAUUGCACGAGGAUCUAUACUUUUGCUACUGAAAUCAGUCAAUCCACGGCACUCCUAAAAUGCUUAACUUCGGAUGGAUCAUGCUCAAAGUCAACUAAAAGAAGAUCUAUUGUCUUAGGAUCCUGCCCCCCUCCCCUUUUAAUUUUUUCAAAAAGUCACUCUGCACAUGCUCAAAGACACUUCAUCGGAUCAUUUCUUCCACGGCUCGGCAACUAAACACGAACCACGAUCGGGGAUUAAGUCUUGCGGGGGCUUCGUCACGGCGGGUGGCCUGCGAGAGAAGGGAGGGAGGAGACUCGUUCACCCACCCGCCGCGGGUCUCAUCCGGACCUCGAAGCUCGCGCGCUUCCCUGCCAUGUCCUUUUCCUUCGCCCCGGACCAACCAAGGAUCAAAAGCUGAGCGGCGCACAACCGAUCACCCAAAACCAGCCCGCAAAAGCCGAGUGUAAGAACAAUCGAUCGCUGCUGCUGCUGCUGCUGCUGCUGCUGCUUCCUGGAGAGGGGGGGGUACUCAAAAGUACCGGUCACUUUCUCAACUGCGCACGCGCCGCUUAAAAGGGAAGGGGGAGGGAAGCGGCCGCUUUUUCUCCGGCGGAACUUGUUCUACGCGCAGGCGCAGUGACCAACGGCUGGGUCCUUUCCUCUCUCCGAUUGGCCGCUUUCUCCUUCCUGGGGCGGGCUUAGCGCCAAAUACAAACGAAGUCCGGGAGCUGCUCUGAGGCGCUUCUGGGAGCGAGUGAAGGACCCGCCUGGGAAGGCGGGAGAGGGGUAAGUGGCCCCCCGGCUGCGCCUCAGUUGCCGGUUGUGGCGAGCGGGGUCGCCGCUGUGUCCGCGGCCUGCUUUGGGGCUUCCCGUUGUGGUCACGCGGCUGGUCACCGCGAGAGCCUUUGUGCAUAGAAUCUGAAGGGUUGGAAGGGACCCCGGCGGUCAUCUAGUCCAUCCCCCUGCAAUGCAGGGAUCUCAGCUAAAGCAUGCAUGGCAGAUGGCUUAAAAAUCUCCACGGGAAGGAGAAUCCACCAGCUCCCGAGGGAGACCUUUCCACUGUCGAAGAGCUCUUACUGUCGGAAAGUUCUUCCUGGGGUUUAGUCGGAACCUCCUUUCUUGUAACUUGAAGCCACUGGUUCGAGUCCUGCCCUCCAAAGCAGGAGAGAACGAGCUUGUUCCCUCUUCCAUGGGACAGCCCUUGAGAUAUUUGAAGAUGGCUAUCCUAUCUCCUCUCAGUCUCCUCUUUUCCAGCCUAAACAUACUCAGCAUACUUCUACCACAGAAAUUUGACAGAGUGGCCAGGAUCCCUGAUAAUGUUUUACUGAUUGCAUUACAGUGGGUACCUCGGGUUACAUACACUUUAGGUUACAGACUCCGCUAACCCAGAAAUAGUGCUUCAGGUUAAGAACUUUGCUUCAGGAUGAGAACAGAAAUCGUGCGGCAGCAGCGGGAGGCCCCAUUAGCUAAAGUGGUGCUUCAGGUUAAGAACAGCGUCAGGUUAAGUACGGACCUCCGGAACGAAUUAAGUACUUAACCUGAGGUACCACUGUACCUGGGCAGUCUGUCCAUUCUUUUGAGAUGGUAAAUGCUUUAGUUCUAGACUCCAGGUCACAGGCCACCCUUUCCUGCACAAAUAUGCCCUUAAGACAGGAUUUGUAGGAUUUGUAAGUGAAAGGAUUUACAAGGAAAUAGAGGAAAUAUUUAGAGACAUUAGGGGAGCCAAGAUGGUUUUUUGGGAUUGUUUUGUGUGCUAAAAUAAUGUGUGAUUUUCUCGGGAAUAGUUCUUAAAAUCUGAAGGACAAAGGAUUGGUUUACUGUGGAGUGUGUGUGCAUCCUAAAAUUUUAUAACUAGAACCACCCCAAAGGGGACCUUCAAUAAUUAUCUCAGUUCACAGAUGAGCUGGUGCGGAGUUUGGUGCUUCUUCUGGUACUUGUAUCUCACCCUGCACUUUUUCUCUUCAUAGAUAUCAAUGAAAUCUUGUCAGCGAUUAAGCCGUUAUGAAGCCCAGCGAACCCCCAGCAAUGCACCGGCUCGAGUUCGGGUUUGUGUGCGAUUGCGGCCAAGUGUGGGAACAGGAGAGGGAAAGGAAGCCCCUUGUGUACGUGGCGUGGACUCCUGCUCCCUGGAGAUCCUGAAUGUGAGAAAUAAUAUGGAGACAAUGAAAUACAAGUGAGUUGGGAAGAACCAGGCUUCGUGUAGGUUGUGGCCCUAUGGUACCCCUGUAUAUGGUUUUUAACAGGGGCAUUAGUUGGAACUGAGCCGAGUCUGGAGGAAUAGCAGCCCUUCUCUUCCAGUAUGAGAAGCAACAGAGGCCUUCUUCUAGGCCCCUCGCUGUCAUUUGUCUGUCUCCUUGCAACUGACGGGAUAGGUAAGGGAAACCACUGGCUUAAAGUGACUGCUUCUGCCUGUUUUGCCACUGCUGUUCUUUGAUUGUGUAGGCAUGACGGGUUGCUACUGGACUGUUAGCAGUCUCUGCAUAUGAACAAAGGAGGGAGAGAUGGUGCCUGUCUUCCUGCUGGGGAAAGUAUUGGUUCAGUUGAAUCCCCCAUCCCAUCCUGAUGCUAUAAGAAUUUUUAGGUCUUAGAUAUAUAAUAAAUGUUCAUAAAUGUACCAAGCAAACACGUAAUAAUAAUAAUAAUAGUAAUAAAUUUUAUUUAUAUCCCGCCCUCCCUCAGGGCGGCUAACAACCAAUAAUAAAAACAACUUGAUUGGAAUACAACUUAAAAAACUAGGUUAAAUACAACAUUAAAACAUUAAAAUGCAGUCUCAUCACAGGAGGAGAAAGGAAAAAAGAAAGAGGGGGAGGGAUGUACAUAAAUAUAUAAACCACAUGUCUGAAGCAGCACAGGAAGACAGUCCUGAAACCAUUUUAACUCCCAAACUGACCAAAUGUUUCUCUGCAAGGAGGGAGGAAAUGAAAAAAACCUUCCCAUUGUCUCAGGAAUUAAGUAAUUUCCAUCAUCUCAAAGGAAUGGCCAGACUACCAGAAAAGGCAAUCAGAUAAAACAUUAUCAGAUAACCUGGCAGACAGGAAAAACAACAUUGAAAUUUCUGUUGUAGAUCGCCUUUUCUGUGAUGUAGGUAUGAUGUAUCUGGGGGGUGGUAUUGGGCUACACCCCUUCUGUGAUGUAUGUAGGAUGUAUGGUGGGGUGGUCUGGAGCUCCAGGGCAGGGAAUUUCAAAAUGGAUAUAUAAGGCCUUGCGCUCCUCCUCUCUCCUGCAUGUGGGGGAGCAGCCUGUUGCAGCAGUUAAUAAAGAUCAGGCUUACUAGUUGCUUUGCUUCUCAAUAUUCUCUGGUUGGUCUCUGUUAUUUUCUCCUACUGAUAGAAAACUUACAAAAGGACUCUAUAUGGGCUCUUGGGUACCCCAUAGGGGAAAAGGAGCGGUUUUUUUUUACUUAUUUCAUUGAGAAGCUGUCAGUCCCUACCUUUCGUUCACAUUUCCCUCGCGGUAUAUUGCUUGGUUGAAACAACUGAUGUCAUUUCAAAACUGGCUUUGGACAGUGUAGCAAUUUAUUGCACAGCCCUAAAUAGCACUCUGGUUUCCAACAGGUAUCUGGUUGGCCACUGUGAGAACAGGAUGCUGUGUCAUUGUCCUGAUCCAGCAGGGCCAUUCUUAGGUUGAUAAUAGUCUGUACAACAUGAAUGGGGGUAUGCUAGGGAAAAAAGCUCCUAAGGGACAUCUGCCACUCCUUCUGCAAAGCCUCCUGUUACUUAUCCCUGCUGUAGAAAUUGCUGAACUUUUGGAGAAGCCAGCAGGCCUCAAUCCCACUUCUCUAUUCCCACCAGAUUUGACGCUUAUUACAGUGCAACGGCCACGCAGUAUGAUGUCUACAUGGGGUCAGUUCAGCCUAUCUUGCACCAUCUGCUGGAAGGGCAGAAUGCCAGCAUCUUGGCAUAUGGGCCUACCGGAGCAGGUAACUCUAAAACAGUGCACAAAGGGAUGAACCCAACCUAGAGUUGCUGGGGGUCGGCAGGUGGGCUAGGGCUUGGAAUUGGGUUGAGGGAGGACGCGUGGUUUUUCCUCUCUCCAUAUCUCUUUUGUUUCCCCUCCAUAAAAUGGCAGGGAAGACGUACACCAUGUUGGGGAGUCCGGAGCAGCCGGGGGUGAUUCCAAGAGCAGUUCAGAAUCUCUUGCAGAUGACAAGGGAUGCUUCGGGGGAUCAGCGGAAGUACUCGGUCUCUAUGUCAUACCUGGAAAUCUACCAAGAGAAGGUAACGGGUGCUGGACAAAAUGCGUAAGGGGGAAAACAGCCUAGUAUAUAAGAAUGGUGGGAUCUUUGGGGAAGAAAGCAGCUUAGAACAAGAUGGGGCUGAGGAGCCAGAUGUAUUGGGGAGAGCAUGACCUAAUUAGACUACAGCAAGUGAUACUGGCAACAGAUUUGCACACACUCUGGCCUCCUUUUUUGUUGUAUUGAAGACUGGCAGUGUUUUGAGCCCUGGGAAGUUCGUUAAUGUGACCAGAACUCCAUCGUGUUCCCAGCUGGUAUUUAGGUGAUCAGUGUGUCAUCUGCUGCUAGUCUGAUCUGGAGAGGGUCCCGUCUCAGUGCCUGCUGAUGCUGUCACAUGGGUACUCUGGCCCUGCUUGAAGAUUGGUGAAGAACUGAGGCAUUGCUGAUGGGAAUGGGGAAAGAGACUGGGCAGCUGCUUCAAAAGCAAGCCGAAAUGGCUGCAAAGGGGGAGAGGAAAAAGGAAAGAGCAGUAGAAGGGCAGGGAAGACAGAUGGAGUAAGGCAGGGGUGGGGAACCUUUGGCCCUCCAAAUAUUGCCGGACUGUAGCUUCCAUCUUCCCUGACCACUGGGCAUGCUGAGGGGAGUUGGAGUCCUACAAGCUCUGGAGGGCCUUAGGUUCUUUAUCCUUGGGGGAAGCAGACAGACUGGAGCCUGGGAAGGAGGAGAAUUUGAAUGCAAGUGGAGAAAGGACAGGGAGGAGGAGGGGGAAAUUUGGAGGAGUGAACAGAGCAUGGCAUGGAAGUUAAAUGGAGACUAAAGGUGAUGAGCCAGAAGUGCCCAGGAGAAAGGAGGUCUCUUACAGAGGAGGGCAAGAGGUGAACUAGAGAACUUAUUCAGUGUUUGCAGAAGGUUGGAUUUGCAUUCUACUUGAUCAAACCACAUAAUCUGUCCAAGUAAACUUACGUUGUUCUCCAUGUGCUUCUGAGAAGCCAGGGGAUUUAAGUGAGGUGGGGUUUGAGGUGCCACCUGGACCAACACUAGUCUGCUUGUUCCCCAGGUCUUGGACCUUCUAGAGCCCUCCCUCCGUGACUUGCCAAUCCGGGAGGAUCAAAACCACCACAUUCUAGUGCCUGGUCUGACAGAGAGAGAGAUAACCAGCUUCUCAGACUUUGAGAAACAUUUCUUGCCUGCCAGCAGCAACCGUACAGUGGCAUCCACACAGCUGAAUAAUCGCUCGAGCCGCAGUCACGCUGUCCUGCUGGUGUACGUGAGCCAGACCCGGGGCUGGCCGCCAUAUGCCCAGCGGGCUGCCAAGCUUUGCCUUAUCGACUUAGCCGGCUCGGAGGACAACCGGCGGACAGGCAACAGAGGGGUGCGCCUGAAGGAGAGUGGGGCCAUCAACACGUCACUCUUUGUGCUUAGCAAGGUGGUGGAUGCCCUCAACAAGGGGCUGCCUCGCGUACCCUACAGAGACAGCAAACUCACUCGCCUGCUGCAGGUAGUUGGAGUGCCUGGGUUCAUUGGUGGGGCUGUGGAUUUGGGAAGAGCUGUGUUUUAUUUUACUGAGCAUAUUUCUCUUUCCUUAAAGGAUUCUUUGGGUGGUAGUGCUCACAGCCUGAUCAUUGCAAAUAUCGCCCCUGAGAGGAAGUACUACUUUGAAACGCUCACAAGCCUCAACUUUGCUGCCAAAUCCAAGCAAGUGGUGAACAAACCCUUCACGCAAGAAACUCUGCUGGAUGUUGGUGAGGAAGGGAGCUGGCCUGAAAACAACAGUAUUUAGCAGAAGUGGGGCAAAACAAGUUUUUUGGAGGAGAAAGGAAGGGCAGGAUUCUUGGGCUGCCCAGGAGCAGAGUGGGGUGUAGUAUACAGAUUCACUGCCCCAGAUUUCUUUAUCAUGGUUCAGAUACAUAUACACUAGAACCAUUCAUGGUCUGUCCUUUUCAUCAAUGACCAGCUGACUCCUGUCAGAACCAGUCUCUGCCUUGCAGUCGUCUGGGGAGGAGGGUCUGCUUUGGAUUCCUGUGCCUACUGAGAUUAUGUGAGUGGUGUCAAUGGUUUGGGCCUCUUCAGUGGUGGCACCCAGAUUUUGGAACACCUUCCCUAGGUCCAUGUUUUAGGUAUCAAGUAAAAACAUUUUUGCCCUUGCUGUCUUUUAUCUUAAGCUGCUUUUAUAGGGUGGAUACGUUUACACUUACGUUGUGUUUUUAGUUCUGUUUUGUGAUUGUGGCUCUCCCCCCCCCCAGGAUAUUUUUUGAAAAACAUUUUAAUAUCAAUUAAGUUAUUCUGAUAUGUAGCUUGUAAGCUGAUGGUUUGUAAGGAGACUUGAAAUGCUUUUGAUAAGGCCGGGAUAUUUGUCACAAUUUGUUCUUUGUUGAUAUCCCACCACUAAGGAUACAAAUCAUUCCAAGGCACUUUACCAGUAACUUUGUAAUAAAAUUACAACGAAGACUAUCCAAACAAAACAGGAUCCUUUCUGCAGUUGGUGGUAGGUGGCCCAGUGGUAGUGAAGGAGGACAGUCCAGGUGGAGCAGGCUCCAAGGUUCAAUAAACACAUCAAAUAAAUUUUAAAAAAUCCUCCCCACACAGAAGCAUCGAAAAGACCAUGCCCAUCUUCCAGUGAUGCAGGCCCUGAAGCCAAGAGACCUUGUCCAGAGGAGGAACAGCCCAGCUUGGUUGAAGAGAAGCCAUUCAGGUGAGACACCAAACAUUUUAUAGGCUUUGGUGAAGGGGCAAGCAGUGCUUCUGUGGUGCAGUCAAAUUCUCUCCUGCCACUUCAUGAGGAUGGUCACUCCACCCUUAAAGCGUUGAGCAGCUCUCUCUGGCUUGUUAGAAAAGGUAGGCCCUACUUUCUAGUCUCUUUCCCCACCAGUUCCUUGCUGCCGAUGGAGAAUCUUGAGCCGGCCUUGGCUGAAAAGCUGCUGCACUUGGAGGCCUUGGAAACACAGCAGGCUGGGGCAGAGAGUUGUGCGUUGCCCCUCCUCAACACCCCACGCAGCGAGCGGCUGGAAUUCCGGAGGCUGCUGGAGGAGACUCGGCGUGAGCUGCAGGUGAAUAAUAAUAAUAAUAAUAAUAAUAAUAAUAAUUUAUUUAUACCCCACCCAUCUGGCUGAGUUUCCCCAACCACUCUGGGCGGCUCCCAAUCAAGUCUUAAAAACAGUACAGCAUUAAAUAUUAAAAACUUCCCUGAACAGGGCUGCCUUCAGAUGUCUUUUAAAGAUAGGAUAGCUGCUUAUUUCCUUCACAUCUGAAGGGAGGGUGUUCCACAGGGCGCCACUACCGAGAAGGCCCUCUGUCUGGUUCCCUGUAACCUCACUUCUCGCAAUGAGGGAACUGCCAGAAGGCCCUCGGCGCUGGAUCUCAGUGUCUGGGCUGAACGAUGAAGGGUUUGCUCUUCCUCUAUGUCCCAUCAUGAUCCCUCAAAGACUGCAAUGGGCUACCUCCCAUAAACAAACACAAUGCCUUGUUUAUUGUGAGGUCUACAGUGUUUCAUUUGUUGAUCAAGUUUUUAAAUUUCUAUGUGUGGUUACUAUGUUUCUUCCCUUACAGCAACACACUUUUUUUUUAAAAAAAAGGCUUCUGAAGUGAGUGGCAGGCAGUAAAUAAAGCUGUUAAUGGGUGGAUCCAAGGACUGAAAAAUAUGAAAGGGGCAGGAAAAGUGCACUAAAAGGAAAGUGAGAGAACAGCAGCUCUUUUUUUUAGGACUCCAGGGAUUCCUUUUGCCUGGUGUCUAAACAUCUCGCUUAUCAAUCACAGCUCCAACUUCAUUCAUUGGCUACAAACAAUGACGGACAGGAGCAGCCAAGCUGGUUCAAGUCACAGUUACCUGCACAUUUUGCUUCUUGGGUUUUUUUUCUAGGAGGGCUAUUGUUGUUGCUGUUGUUGUUUUAAACUCAGGAGGCCCUGCCUGGGGUGCCAGUGAAGCCUUUGCCUGGGCAACUCUGGUUAAGCCAGUGGCUCCAAUGUAAAGGCCAGUUUUGAAGGAAGAAAGAGAUGUAGCACUAAGUAAGUCCUGUAGGAGGGGAUUCUUAUGUAAAUUGAGCUGUGUCCAUCUUGCACUGGAACUGCUUCAUUAUGGCCCUGGCAGUUUAUACAGUUGGCAAUACGAUCCUUGUUGGGCUGGGAACCUGAUGGCAGCCCCACGCAUUCCUGGAGGCCACCGAACGCACACCCUGUUCCCUCCAUCUGAAUCUGCUUAUUAUGUUCUUCCUCUUCCUACAGAGGCUUAAGAAGAAGCAGCUGGAAAUGGAAACCAAGGUUCUGCAGGACAAAGAGCAUGGACGUGGUUCAUGGGUGCCUGCCAAACGCCAAGGAACAGCAGUGGUAUUGCCCUUCCAGCAAGGUAAAAUGGCGCUGGGUCUGGAAAGCAGGACUCCCUUCUCAUGCUCCUCCCUCCUAUGACAUCACAGCUCUCCUUCCUUACCUCUCCAGUGCAGCACCUGGAGAACUCUGAGAACGAAGAUAGCAUCAUCAUUGUAAAGCAAAAGAAGGGAGGUCGAAAGAAGAAGGUGCGUAAGGGGGUUUGUUGAACUUGGGGCUGGUGAUGGUUAACAGGUGUAUAUACCACUUAGGUUUUUGAGGCAGUUUACAAACAUGGUUUAAUAAAGUUAUAUAUGGAUUCUGCCUGGGCAGGCUUCCCCUGUAGAUCUUCUGCCCUAGAACAAAGAACAGAUUCCCUUAACUAUUGCCUGUUGUUGGUUCAUGUUCAGACUGCCUCAGUCUUAGCAGUGCGGCAAAGAUCAAGCCUUACCCAGAAGGAUACACAUCUGCCCUCACCCACACACCAUGUUUCUGGAUCAAAUCUGGAAGUGGAACAGGUAGCAGUAGCCAGAUCAGAAAAAUCAGGGCUGUUCCUGCUGACCACAUGCUUUUCCUCCCCUUCCCUGUUUUAAGCAAUUUAAAUUCUUACGGGUAAGGUUGGUGGGAAGCAGCCUGAAAUGGUUUAUUCCGAGAGCAGAAAGAAAGUAGCUUUGCAAGUGUCUUGAGGGAGCCAGAGCAAAGUUCUGGACUCACUGCCUCAGAUCAGCAGUCUCUCUCUCAGCUGUUAGGCCCAGAGCUCACCCUGUCCAGCUGCCUCACUGGAGACUGAACUUGGGGCAUGGACUGAGUUGGUGCUUUUCAAACUUUCCAUGUUGCCAAGCAUGCAGCAGAACACAUGUUACAGAGGAUCCUGGAGGAUGGUCUAGACCAGGGGUGGGCAAGAUUUUUGGAGGGUGGGCCGGUUCACCGUACCACAAACCUGGUAGGCCAGAGUGCAUGUGUUCGCGCACUCAUGCACACACGGCAGAGGGGGCUUCCCUCUCCCCCCAGCCCCUCCUGUCCCCCUACCUACCUAGGGUGCUGCCGAGAUGCAGCGGCUGGCGGCAGCAGCGGAGGAGGAGGAACGAGCAGCCCAGAAGGGCUACUUUCGAGCUGCUCGUUCCUCCUCCACCACUGCCGACAGCCCCUGCCGCUCGCAAGGGCAGGCACAGGAGCCGCGCUUGACAGAGCGGCGGCACAGGCAGAGGCGGCAGCACGAGUGGCAGCAGUAAACAGCUUGCUCCGAUGAGGGGCUGCUGGAAAUGCGCUUGGCCAGCUCAGCCCAGCCCCCUUCCUCCUCUUGGCCGCGUGCAGCCGCUGCUUGCCCAUUGGCCAGGGCCUCAAACCUUAGCAGGCGAUUGGCCGGCAAUUUGCUGCACCAGGAGGGAGGAGGUUCCGCCACGGUGAGGGAAGAGGGGGGAAAUGGUGCCUGCAUCGCGAAAGAAACCAAAAACCACGGAAUCCCAAGGCUGAUCCACGGAAAGCCAAUGGGCUGGUUCCAGGAGGCCCAUGGGCCUUAGGUUGCCAACCUCUUGUCUAGACCACAGGUCGGCAAGGCUUACUGGGCAUGGGCCAGAUCCCUCCCGCGGAGAUUCUCCAAGGGUCGGACCGGCGCAGCGUGAUGCCGGAAAUCACGUCUGCGUAUGUCUGCGGCGCCAGAAAUUGCUUCUGCGCAUGCCCAGACGCCAAAAAUCGCACCUGUGCAGAAGUGAUUUCCAGUGUCUGGGCAUGCGCAGAAGCGUUUUCCAGAGCCACGGAAGAGAGUUGCCGCGCUGCGCUGGUUCACGAGCAGGCUCGUGGGCUGCUUCCGGCCCAUGGGCCUUAAGUUGCCUACCCCUGGUGUAGAUCAUCAGCCUGAGAGUAGUGAUUUUUGUAAGCCUCUCUGAGUGUGCGUUCAGCUAAAGGCAGGGUUAUAAAUACUAUAAAUAAGGUGGCUCCGGCAGUUUCCAGUGGGCCUGCUUCAAGGACAUGGCUCUCAGCAGAUUCCAAAAACCCUGACACAGGCCUGUGAAACAAGAGAAGGUAAACUCAGCAGUGGUAGUUGUCUGUCUUAUCUUCUGGAGAACUUUAUUCUGCACACCUGAUAUCUCAUUGAAGAACCCCUGAGAAGUAAAAGGCGAAAGAUUUAUACGAUCUGAGGAGAAGCCAGGGUAUGCUUGUGAUUGGUGGAUUCAGUGAAAGAAUGAGAUGAGAGUGAGAUGAAGGCCAGUUAGGAAACAGACGGGUGUGACACCACACCACUUCUUAUGUUGCAUGCUAUAUCCAGGAUUCGGCCCCUGGCUCUGAAAACAAGGUUCCCUCUGAGUGGGAGAUGGUGCUUCAACCUGAACUGAUGGCCCGCACCAAGGAGAACAUCCUGGCCAUCCUGAACACAGGUUCUGUGAAGGAUCUCAUGGCCCUGCACCAGAUUGGCAAGAAGAAGGCUAAUCGCAUUGUGGCCUGGAGAGGAGAGCAUGGGUCCUUUGAAAAAGUAAGUGGGCUCUGAGGGCAGAGCUGCUCUUCCAUCGUUUGAGGCAUGUGCAGGUGAAGCUACUGUGCAGAGGACAUUAAUCCUCAGGUAGGAGGGAGGCCAUGCAAGGCUUUAACACGUUUAGACCUGGCUCAAGUUCAGAGCGUUGAAGUCUAGUGGGCAGAGCAUUAAGUCUUGGAGGACUCCUGCUUCAGCCUUUAGCUUAGCAGGGAGCCUUGGAGUUUGGAAUACUGGCUCAUUCUCAAAUCUGGGAGGGGAAGGAAGCAGCACCCUAUUCUUGUAAGAAAUGGGUUGAAAUAAAGGUCCAUCUAGUCUUAACGUUUUUGUAGCAAGCCAGAAGCUUCUGGGAAGCCCACCAGCAUGGCACGAAAGCAAUAUUCCCCCCCCAGCAGUUAGAAUUGGAAUAAUAAUAAUAAUAAUAAUAAUAAUAAUAAUAAUUUGUACCCACCCAUCUGGCUGGGUUUCCCCAACCACUCUGGGAGGUUCACAAUAGUAUAUUAAAAACAUGGUAAGACACCAAACAUUAAAAACUUCCCUAAACAGGGCUGCCUUCAUAUGUUCUCUAAAAGUCAGGUAGUUGUUUAUUUCCUUGGCAUCUGAUGGGAGGGCGUUCCACAAGGCGGACACCACUACCGAGAAGGCCCUCUGCAGAAUGCUGCAGUGUGAUUGCUGACAGGAGUGAGGCCUUGUCAGUGGGUAAAACCUGUGCUUGGAGAUUUGCACUCUUUGCCGAUUUCCUACCGGGCCAAGUUCAAGGUGCUACUAUUAGUAUAUAAAGGCCCUUAACAACUUGGGACCAGUUUACCUACAAGAUCGUCUUGCCCCACAUAUUUCUACUCAACCGGUUCAAUUGGCAGAACUAAACUGCCACAUAAUACCCGUUCUGCAUUUGUAAGAACCCGAUUGUUUAAUGUGGCAGCACCUGCACUUUGGAACUCCCUGCCUUCUGAGAUCAAGAAGUGCCUUCACUGUAUUCUUUGGCGCUUGCUAAAAACAUUCUUGUUUAGGCAAGCUUACCCAGAUGCUUGGGAAGUUGAGGUAAUGUUAAUCUGUUUUAGUAUUUUAACUUUUGUAUGCUUUACAGUAGGGUUCUGAAUAUUUCUCCAUUUUCUUGUUUUAUCUUUUUGUAAACCACUUUGAGGUUGCAAUUUUUAAAAAUCAAGUGGUGUAUAAAUUUUAUGAAAUAUAUAAUAAAUAUUACCUUUGAAUGUGGAGGUUUCAUUUGGAUACUGUGGCCAAUUGUUGACAGAGACUGGAAAUGCCAGAUGCUGAGUAAAGCAAAAUGCUCUACUACUGUGGUAUUGCUAUUCCCUCAGAAUAUAUUUUUUUUGCUGUGGACCUGAGAUCUAUGGAUGAGGGGAGGUAUACAAAUUUAAUAAUUAUCUCCAUGACUUUGCAACUUUGUGUAACCUACACAUUUCUCCUUCCUCCUUUUCUCAGGUAGAGGACCUUGGGAAAGUCGAAGGAAUCUCUGCCAAACAAGUAGCUUCUUUUCUGAAGGUGUGUAUUUAAUUCAGUUCCGUCACUGUGGCUAUAAGCUUAUCUGGAGUAGAGUCCAUCACAUUAGAUGAAUGGAGUGUUAUCCUUGGAUGGCAGAUGAAUAGGUAGAGAGGGGAAAGUGUAAAGAGAAGUGUAAGUUUGUCAUGAAAUGCAAGGGGCACAGCAGCCUACUAGCUUAAUGUACAGCGACAGAAGUUGCUAUCCAUAACUUUUUCUACCUGUCCCUUGGGAAACAAGUAAAAAAACAUCCUGCCUCUUUUGAGCUUGGUAGACUGGCAGGUGUGGGAUCAGUCUUUCUGUCUUCCUGCUUCAUUUCCCUCCUUCUCUCAAGAGCCAACAUAGAAAUCAUGUAGGCUGGUGGGGGAUGAUUUGCUUCACCCCAUUCAUAUCAUUCCAUCCCUCAUAUCAGCCUACCUACAUUAUUAUACUGGCCACAAAAGAAAGAAAGCUCAUUCGUCUGCAGCCAACAUAGAAUGCAGAUUAGUGGGUCCCUACCUUCUCCACCAGCCAGCUUACUAGCCUGAAUGGAAUUUCUUAUUGCCUGUGGCAGCUUUUUGCCUACCUCACGCCCUCCAGCUGUCCAAAAUAGGCACCAGGCAGGUGAAAGCUGGCCUGUGGUGUCCAAGUGUGAGUAUUUAAAACACAAGGCCGAGAUACAGGUUGUGAUAAUUCUUUGUAAAGCUUAAAUGUAUGCAUUGUAAUCUAGUAUGCACUGGAUUUAAAAGGUGCUAAUGUUACAAAUAACAGAGGAAUUAAAAUUCUUGCUCUUCUCUCUCCCCUACCCCCUUUCCUAGGUAAAUAUCCUGACCAACAUUGGAAAUCUUCAGUAA